AUGGUCGCACAAGACCUAACAGCAAUCGCACAUGGCGACGAUCUACUUUCCAUUCGCGAAAUGCCUAGCGAAACGACUGAAGAUUUGAAAAAAGCCGAUUCCAAGACAAACAGCACCUCUUCUAAUGGAGCACAACCAAAGACUGAGAAACCACGACCACAUGGCUGCACGACUUGUGGUCGCUCAUUUGCACGCCUGGAACAUCUCAAGCGCCAUGAACGAUCUCAUACAAAGGAAAAGCCUUUCGAGUGCCCUGAAUGCGCUCGUUGUUUUGCACGCCGCGAUCUGUUGCUGCGACAUCAACAAAAAUUGCACAUGACUGCUGCACCUUCUCGCCCAAGAAACGCGCGCCGCGAAAGUACCGGUGCUGCAGGAUCUGGAACGAACCGAGUUCGGAAGAAUUCUGUAGCUGGCGGCACGUCAAAUAGCAUGCGGCCGAGGGCGAACACCAUCAGCCAUAUAGAUACCGGAGCUCUAGGUGUAAUCAAUGCCGCUAAUGCGAAUAUUGCACGACCACCACCUCAAACCAACCACUCAUUCCAUACUGGUCUCGACUCAGCCACCAGCAUUCCAAACUUCGACACUCGCGGAUACAGCUCUGUGCAUCCUCCAGCAAACAACCUGCCGAAGUUGGAGACUAGUGGCAUCCCCGUGGAUCUCGCUGGUGGAUUAAGAACGGCACCUGUUUAUGGUAGUUUUGAUCUCAACCUUGGUGAUAACUUCUUCGGAGGGGGAAGCACUAUCAACCCGGCUCAGCUUCAUUUCGGCAAUUCGCCGCAGUUUGGCCACGAUAUUCCCCCGUCUCCUUUCCAUCAAAACUUCCACCCGCUAGCUUCCGUUCCGGAUACACUGCUAGAUGAAGAAAACAAUUUCGACUGGGUCAAUGGUUUCGAUACCACUCUUCCAUUAGGUCCUGUGAGUGAUUCAGCCAUUGAGGAAUCAUCUCCAUCUGCAAUGAGCACAGAAUCGCAGAGUCGGACUAGCGACCCUAUGCUUGAAGCCUCAGCUCAGAUUGCCUCACCUAACGGCUGGCAAACUCAGUUUGCCACGUCACAGUCUGCGCCAUUCACAAUGGACUUUUCUUCCCCAUUCCAAGAGCUGGGCUUCCCUGCAACUGUGGAUACAAUUUCUCCCAAGUCCUUGAUAAACUCAAUUCAAUUCACGGACCCUUUUACACCUAACCAACCCGUGACUCCACUGAGCCAAUCGAUGUUGGGAAACCAUUCGCAGAGUAUGUUCUCAUCUUCCAUGGUAGCCGACCGUGAAUCUCCUAAUCCUUUCAACGUGCCUUUCGCCAGUAGUCCCUUACGAAAUUCCAUUCCCACAACAGCGCCAGACACAUUUCCAGACACAACAACUAGGCAGGCAUUAUUAACCGGCAUGCCGCAACCAAAUGGAACAUUACAUCGAAAGUCUUCUCAGCUCAGCAACGGAACAUCUUACAAUCGUGAUGCUGCUCCUCGCCCUAGUGCUGCUCUUAAUAGCUCCUCCUACUUCCUACCAAGUUCCUUCGACUUGGAGCGUUAUAUCCAAGCCUACAUCAAUUACUUUCAUCCACACCUCCCAUUCCUACAUAUUCCUACGCUCGACUUUCAAAUUUUAGAACUCACCAACAAUCUACGUACCGCGAGUGGCCAUCUCAACCUCAGUUCAACAGGAGUCGCCGGGGGUGGCGGGUGUCUUACCCUGUCCAUGGCGGCGAUGGGAGCCUUAUAUGAAUAUGAUACGGCAGUUUCAAAGGACCUGUUUGAAUCCGCGAAAAAGAUGAUUCAAUUAUACUUGGAAGAGAGACGUAAGGCUGACAUGUCAGCCGCCCUCAGUCGGACUCAUGCAAGUCGUGACAAUCCUGUUCACAAUACGCCACUAUGGCUUGUCCAGGCCAUGCUGUUGAACGUUAUCUAUGGACACACUUGUGGCGACAAGACCUCCGCUGAUAUUGCUAGUACGCACUGUGCUGCGUUGGUGAGCCUCGCACGCGCAGCUGAAUUGACACACCAUGUCAAUGUAGAACAACUUCCCCAGGACUACCUAAACAACAACAAACAGAGCAAUGAAAGCCCUGAUGGUGGCACAUUUGAUCGAAACUCGCAAACUCAGACUCCGCCCAAAGAACGCAAAGACUGGCUAGACUGGAAGAUCGUGGAGGAGAGGAAGCGAACCCUCUUUGCCAUCUUUACAUUGUCUAGCAUGCUCGUCUCUGCUUACAACCAUGCACCUACAUUGACAAAUUCCGAGAUUCGCCUUGACCUUCCAUGCGAAGAGGAUCUUUGGGCUGCAGAAUCUCCUCAAGCAUGGAGGAAAAUGGGUGGAGCGACAGCCUCAAAGAAGGGAAUUUCCUUCUCUUCGGCUUUGACUCUACUCCUUACCGCCAGUCAGCGAGCCAAAUUCGUGGACCAGCCCACUCAAGCCUUUGGGUCAACUCUUCGAGUGGAAGACUUACCCCAGAGUGAUCUAAAACCCAGUACCUUUGGUUGUUUAGUUCUUAUUCACGCAUUGCAUAACUACAUAUGGGAAACACGUCAGAGGCACAUGGGCCGGCAGUGGACAUCUCAAGAGACAGAUGCCAUGCAAGCACACAUCGAGCCGGCUCUACGGUCUUGGCAAGCUGCUUGGGCUAGCAAUCCCCUACACAGUUUGGAACGACCAAAUCCGUACGGUGCUGGGCCGCUAUCUGCUGACAGUAUCCCAUUACUUGAUCUAGCCUACGUUAGGCUGUUUGUCAAUUUGGGUCGCUCCAAGGAAGCAUUCUGGGAACGUGAUUGGAAUGCAAUGUCUGAUGAGCUUGCCCGUGGUGCUGAGAUUAUUCAACAUGCUGACGAUGGUGGAAGCGACUCAUACAACUCGGGAAACAUUGAUAUGAUGCGAAGAGACUCUAUAGCUGACCUUGGUGUGGGCGAGUUGCAUCUGUCUGCUCAACCAAACCAAGAACAAUCCUCUUCUCACAUGUCUCAGCCAUAUAGACCAACUCAAUCAAAGCGGGAACGACACUUGCGAAAAGCUGCAUUCUAUGCAGCUGACUCAAUAUGUAUGUCAGAUCGUCUCGGAAAUACGUUUGCGGAAUGGACUUCACGCGAGCUGCCCUUGCAAUGCGCCAUGUGUUCAUUUGAUUGCGCUCAAGUUCUUGCCGAGUGGAUUACGACCGUCCAAGAGCGUGUUGGACCGUACCUGGGCAUUCUUGGACGCGAUGAGGUUGACUUCAGUCAGGUUCCUGGAAUUAUGCUUUUGGAAGAAGAGGACUGCAAGUUGAUUGAUAAGAUCAAGGAGAUCUUAGGAAGCGGUGAGGCAAAGUUGCAGCGAGAGGCACAAAAUGCUGGCACCACUCCAGCAUACAACGUGCUACAACGUCUGCCUAGUGCAAUCGAAGGGGGUUACGGUACUAAGAUAUUGAUGACUACAGCCUAUCUCCUUGACAGAGCUGCAGUUUGGCCGAUCACAAAACUUAUGGCUCGAUCAUUGGAAGCCCAAGCCUCACGGAUGAAAGAGCGUGCAGAUAACUCUGUCAUGAUUGAGAAUUGA